AAUUUUACUAUGGCGUCAUUUUGUUACUAAGUAUAUAUUUCUUGUCAGUAGUUUGAAACAGACGUACAGGCGGCGUCCUGAAUGUAUUUCCAGAAGAGCUUAUAGCGGCCAUCUGCCUUGCCUGUUCAAAAUAAAGUGAAGCAGAACCAAUGACUGAACAUUCUCCAUCUCCGACCCCCGAGCGAGCUGUCAAUGGGUUUGUUCUCUACUUGAUGUCCAUUGUGGCUCUAGGUCUGUACGUAGUGUGGGCAUAUGUUCCUGACAGCUGGCUUCAUGCUCUCGGAUUAACUUACUGGCCACAAAAAUACUGGGCCAUUGCCAUCCCGGUCUACCUCUGUCUGGUGUUCUUGCUAGGAUAUCCAUUGUACAUGGGGCUCACCCUGAUGAAUACUCCACCCCUGACGUCCACAAAUACAAUAACAGAUGACUUUUCACGGGAAGUGAAACAGGACAUUCCAAAAAACGCAAUUCCGCCUAUUGGUGACAUGUCUAUCUCGGACGUAAACAGAUUAAUGUAUUUAAACAAUCCUGGCUGAAUGCGUUAGAUUUCUAUAUAAAUAAAUUGAUGUUUUAUUCA